CUUCUCUCCCAGGAAACUAUGCCCCAGACGUCCGUCGUCUUCUCCAGCAUACUUGGGCCCAGCUGUAGUGGACAGGUGCUGCCCGGCAUGGGGGAGCGAGGAAGUGGGGCCAGCAGCUCCGGGGACCUCGUCUUCCAAGAGGGACGCCUCAUCUCUGGGUCCCUAGAGGCUUUGAUGGAGCACCUGGUCCCCACAGUGGACUAUUACCCGGAUAGGACAUACAUCUUUACAUUUCUCUUGAGCUCCCGGGUCUUCAUCCCCCCUCAUGACCUGCUGGCCCGCGUGGGGCAGAUCUGCCUGGAGCAGAGGCAGCAGCUGGAGACCGGGUCUGAGAAGGCCAAGCUGAAGUCCUUCUCAGCCAAGAUUGUGCAGCUGUUAAAGGAGUGGACAGAAGCCUUCCCCUACGACUUCCAGGAUGAGAAGGCCAUGGCUGAACUGAAGGCCAUUACCCACCGGGUCACGCAGUGUGAUGAGGAGAAUGGCACAGUGAAGAAGGCCAUUGCCCAAAUGACACAGAGCCUGCUGCUGUCGCUGGCUGCCCGGAGCCAGCUUCAGGAGCUGCGGGACAAGCUUCGCUCACCGGCGAUGGACAAAGGGUCUGUCCUCAAGACUAAGCCGCCAGCCACUCAGAAGGACAUCCUGGGCGUGUGCUGUGACCCCCUGGUGCUGGCCCAGCAGCUGACUCAUAUCGAGCUGGAGAGGGUCAGCAGCAUUCACCCUGAGGACCUGAUGCAGAUCGUCAGCCACAUGGACUCUCGGGACAAGCACCGGUGCCGAGGGGACCUGACCAAGACCUAUAGCCUGGAGGCCUAUGACAACUGGUUCAACUGCCUUAGCAUGCUAGUGGCCACCGAGGUGUGCCGGGUGGUGAAGAAGAAGCACCGGACCCGCAUGCUAGAGUUCUUUAUUGAUGUGGCCCGGGAGUGCUUCAACAUCGGGAAUUUCAACUCCAUGAUGGCCAUCAUCUCUGGCAUGAACCUCAGUCCUGUGGCGAGGCUGAAGAAAACGUGGUCCAAAGUCAAGACGGCCAAGUUUGACGUCUUGGAGCACCACAUGGACCCAUCCAGCAACUUCUGCAACUACCGCACUGCCCUGCAGGGGGCCACUCAAAGGUCCCAGAUGGCCAACAGCAGCAGAGAGAAGAUUGUUAUCCCUGUAUUCAACCUUUUCGUUAAGGACAUUUACUUCCUGCACAAAAUCCAUACCAAUCACUUGCCCAAUGGGCAUGUUAACUUUAAGAAAUUUUGGGAAAUCUCCAGACAGAUCCAUGAGUUCAUGACAUGGACUCAGGUAGAGUGUCCCUUCGAGAAGGACAAGAAGAUUCAGAACUACCUGCUCACGGCACCCAUCUACAGCGAGGAAGCUCUCUUCAUCGCCUCCUUUGAAAGUGAAGGUCCUGAAAACCACAUGGAGAAGGAUAGCUGGAAGACUCUCAGGACGACUCUCCUUAACAGAGCCUGAAGGCACGGAUGCAGCCUGCAGACGCGGGACGAAGCACACACAUGCACUGAGUUUUAAUCUUGAUUGAUAAGGGUUGAGAUGAGGAGGCCUCACUGGUUGGGGUCCAUUUUGUAUAUAACUUUUAUGAAAAAAAAAAAGUAAUUAUUUCAUGCAUCAACCUUUGGCACUUACAAAAGUUUUUUUGUUUGUUUAUUUUAAAUAACAGGGCAGGGCCCUGCUUCGGGGAGGGUGGGGAAAGAGUAUCAUGGGAGAUGGCAUCCAUGAUAACAUCUUAUUCUAAUGAAAUGUAGAUUUUUAUUUUCUACUUUUGAUUA